GGUCCCCGAACCACGAUGCUCUUCGACCGGGUGAAGGCGUUCUCAGUGCUGCUGGACGGCGCGGCCGCGGGGUCCGAGCCGGUGUUCAGCGGCGGCCAGGCGCUGGCGGGCCGGGUGAGGCUGGAGCUGGCGGGCCCCGUGCGCCUGGGCGCCCUGACUCUGCGCGCCCGGGGCCGGGCCCACGCGCACUGGACCGAGUCCCGCAGCUCGGGCUCCAGCACCGCCUACACGCAGAGCCACAGUGAGCGCCUGGACCUGCUGAGCCGCCGGGCCACGCUGCUGGCGCCAGAGGCCGGACAGACGCUCAGGCUGCCCGCGGGCCGCCACGAGUUCCCCUUCAGCUUCCAGCUGCCCCCGACCCUGGUGACGUCCUUUGAGGGCAAACACGGCAGUGUCCGCUACUCUCUCAAGGCGGUGCUGAGCCGGCCCUGGGUCCCCGCACGCCGGGCUAAGAAGGUCUUCACGGUCAUCGAGCCUCUGGACAUCAACACCCCGGCACUGCUGGCCCCGCAGGCCGGCGCCCGGGAGAAGGUGGCUCGGUCCUGGUACAGCAACCGCGGCCUCGUGUCCUUGUCGGCCAAGAUCGAGCGCAAAGGCUACACGCCAGGAGAGGCCAUCCCCAUCUUCGCCGAGAUCGACAACAGCUCGUCCAAGCCAGUGCAGCCCCGGGCCGCCCUGGUGCAGACGCAGACCUUCGGGGCUCGGGGGGCAAGGAAGCAGAAGCACGUGGUGGUGGCCCGUCUGGGCGGCGAGGCGGUGGCCCCCGGGCGGCGGGCGCUGUGGCAGGGCCGGGCGCUGCACAUCCCCCCGGUGGGGCCCUCCAUCCUGGGCUGCCGGGUGCUCCACGUGGAAUACACGCUCAAGGUGUGCGUGGACAUCCCAGGGACAUCCAAGCUGCUGCUGGAGCUGCCCCUGGUCAUCGGGACGGUCCCCCUGCACCCGCUCUGCGUCCACUCCACCAGCCUCAUGCUGGGCUGGGAGCCGGGGACCCCGCUGGAGUGGCCGGAAGCUCCCCCAGAAUACUCAGAGGUGGUGGCAGAUGACAGCCCCGUGUUCGCCCCGGAAAACCAGGACCUCCCCUUGUUUUUCGCGGACCCCUUUAUGCUCUAUAUCCAGGAGUUCCGCUACCGCCCACCUCCCCUGUACUCGGAGGAGGACCCCAUCCGACACCCCAGCUCGUGAGGCUGCUGCCGUGACCAGAGGCUGAAAUGGUUCACAGGCAGCAUAAAGGCAUCAAGACCCAAGAUGGGGAAACUGAGUCUGGGGCCAAGACCACACAGGAGCAUCUCCUGCUCUUGCUCGUGGAACUGGCUGCUCAGGACCCCAAGGAUGAGAGAGAGAGAGAGAGAGAGAGAGAGAGAGAGAGAGAGAGAGAGAGAGAGAGAGAGAGAGAGAGAGAGAGAGCAGACCCUGAGUCCAGAACGGGCAGGGGCAGCGCCUUCCUGGAGGUGGUGUCCCUCAGGCUGCUGCUGUCAUGUGGAAAGUCCUGGGGAUCGAACCUGGGACCUCGUGUGCCACCAUCACCUCUCCUGGCCCAGGAAGGGCUUUCUCUCUGCAGCUUUGAAGCAUCCGAGCUGGGAGGGUGAAGAGACGUGGAAGGGGGACUGGACCCGGGGGACCCAAGGAGGUGUAGGAGUUCUCUCCUGGGACCUCAGUGGACUUUGGGGGGAUCUCCAGGCUUGAGACCCCUGAAAUCUAGCUAUGACUUUGGGGCCCUCAGGGAUAACACCACAGGGCGCAGGGUGGUGGGAGAGUAUUUAGGACACGGUGGGUGCUGCAGAGGACCCCCCCAACUCUGCAGGACUUGAGCCCAGGUGGGGGCGGGGCCAACCCGGAACCAGCAUUUCUCAGGUUGUCCUGAUGGUGCUUUUCUGGGACUUUUUUGUUCUAUUUCAUUUUUGUUUGUUUGUUUGUUUGUUUGUUUUGAGCCACAGCUGGCCGUGCUCAGUGCUGACUCCUGGCUCUGCACUCAGGGAUCACUCCUGGGGUACCAUGGGGGUGGGUGGGCGAGGACCCUGUGGGAAGCCAGGGAUCGUACCCGGGUCAACCUCCCCACCGUGCUCCAGCUCGGCCCCUUGUCCGAAUUUUUCAAUAAAGCUUUCAAGGUGC